CUUCUGUUGACUUUCUCCCCUCUUCCCGAUUUACAGACAGUAGUCACUGAGUGGUUUAGGAUGCUCUCGGGCCUUUGUUAGCAGUGUAUGCAGUGGAUGAGUGGCUGGGUCGGUCAUACUUGUGAGCCCAGAUAGUUUCCAUCCCGUCAACAUCCAGACAUACCGCAGAGCCCACCUGUUGACUUGAAACUGAACAUCAUGGCUACCUCUUCCGUCCUCCGUCGGGCGCUCCUAUAUGUUCCUGCGUCUUCUCAGAAGUUCAUGACCAAGUCACUCUCCUUGGCUAGUGAUAAUAUCACCUAUGACCUUGAGGACUCGGUGACUCCAGCAAACAAGCAGACCGCUCGCACACAAUUGCGCGACCACCUGUCCUCACUUUCGGACAAGCCGGCCUCCAUUGGAGAGCUUGCUGUACGCAUCAAUGCUGUCUCGACGCCCUAUGCGCUUGAUGAUCUGACCACUCUCGCAAGCGCCCCAAACCUUGACGCCAUUGUCAUCCCAAAGGUCAACAGUGCUAGUGAUCUGUCCUUCGUUACAGAUGUCAUUCGCCAUGCUGCACCACAGCGACAUUCUUCUAACCCCACGGCAAGCCCUCUCAAGCUACUUGCCUUGAUUGAAUCGGCCCGAGCAGUCAUGGAUUUGCGCUCGAUAUGUGCUGCGUCACCGUAUCUGAGUGGUCUGAUCUUUGCUGCUGAGGAUUUUGCGUUGGACCUGUCUAUUACGCGAACGCCAGGUUUGGCCGAGUUUUUGUACGCCAGAAGUGCUAUUGUAACUGCUGCCAGAGCAUUCGAUCUCCCUAGCUCCAUUGACCUUGUUUGUACCUCAUACAAGGGUCCAGAGGGGGUAAAGCAGCUAGAGGAGGAGUGUCAAAACGGCAAGGAGAUGGGCUUCAACGGAAAGCAGUGUAUCCACCCCAGUCAGGUCGAAGUGACUCAGCGAAUGUUUGCUCCAGCAGAGGCCGAGGUUGAGUGGUACGUUCGUAUCCUCGUUGCCGAUGCUCAGGCCUCUGCAGCUGGUCGAGGUGCUUGGACCUUGGACGGAAAGAUGAUUGAUGCUCCUGUGGUUGGAAAGGCUCGGGCGGUAGUCGCCAAAGCCGCAAAAUGUGGAAUGGAUAUCGAAAACAUUAAAGCAAAGUGGAAAGAUCAAAAGCCGGAGUGAUGGCUUCUCUGCUGGAUCAGGUCACAUCUCAGAACUCGCGAGGAUCUUCCCACAGUCUCGGUAACCGGGUAUCUUGACCCCCUAUGCCCUGCCCGUAAUGCUCUAGGUCGAAAUAUUCGGGAUCCUGUACCUGGAUAUGUGCUGUGUCUGUUGGAAGUUGAUGCUGAUUGUACCACGCAGUGUCCCGAAGAAAUGUAUCAUUGCCUUCGGGAUAUAAACCAUGGCCGAGCUGCUGCCGCCCUAUACCUUCAGUCAGGUCUGGACCAUGGGGCUGUGAUCCAUCCAUUUCUUCGUUGUUGGUGGAACUCUGCAGAGCUUCUUGCUCGAUUCUGCGGAUGUAAUCUUCCAUACUUUCACGAGGCGGAUCCUGCGUAUGAGCAUACAAAAGCUGAGCUGGAGGACAUGAAAUAGACCUUGAAAUUUGAUCAACUGCAGGGCGCAAAGAGGUUGGUUGGUGAGAAGGCAUUACAGCCCGAACUCUUUCAGGCGGAACGAGUUUCGUAUAGCGACCGGAUGCUUGCUUAGGAGAAGGCUCCUGAUAUGUUUGCCAGCCUUCUUGGGCAAACAAGUUACGCGCUGCUACAAACGGCUGAGAAAAGAGUCUAUCCCUGGCAUUAGAGGUAACCCAGGCUUGUGGUUGAGGUUGGAACUGUGGCUGCGGUGGUACAUCUAGUAGCGUUGUUGCUGUUGUAUUGGAUGAGGGCUGCUCAUAUACAGUUCUCUUGUCCAUAGUUGGCAAUGCUUCUGCAGGCAGCAUGGAGACACGUUGUUUGAGGUUACUGUUUUCGUCUGCUGUCAUGACUGCGGAAUCUUGAUACUGGGGUAUAGAAUUUUUUGGGUAUUGGCGAUUUUGAUUCCGAUCUGCAUCAAACGAUGUCUGGACUUGAGCAUCCUGGUACACUAUCGAUUUCCGUGGAUGACGCUUUGCUCUCGAAGCUGGUCUAAUCUUGAAAUCCUCCGAAACCACAUGUGGGCCCUUUAUUUCCCGCUCCUGCAGGACAAGCUUCCGAGCAGAACUUUGAAUGCUCUUCCGGGGUUUCUCUGAAAUGGAAACGUUGGACACUGGCGCCGGAUCCCUGUCACUUGUUGACCAUGUGAAAUAUGUAGUUGAUCUGCUACUCGGACGAUUUGGUAGGACAAGUAUUGAAUCAUCACCACGCGAAGAGAAAAGAGAGUCUGGCCGGAGAGAAGCAGGCGAAGGCUGUCUGGUAGAGCCAGUGCUUCUACUUGGAAGAAGCGAAGGGCUGGGUGAAUCAUGUGUUCGUUGCUGGCGGAUAUCUGAAGCCGGAUGUCUAGCAGUAGCAGUGUCGUAUCGUUGUUCUCGAUGAGGUCGGUAGUGUAUUUUCUCAGCUUCCGCUUUUUC